AUGAACCCCUUUCAAGAUGCCGGUCCGUCUCGUCAGGCCAACUUUGAACCCGAGGACCAGAUGUCCGCCACUCCUGGCAGGAAACGUGUUGGCUGGCAUGCAGAGCAUCCCGUUGUACGCUCAGCACAAUCUCCCGAAGAUACAGGCUCUGGAGGGCACAACACGCCCCUCGAACGAUCAGAUGUAUCACACGAUGACCUCCAGAAGAUCCGUGCCUCACUACGCUUAGCUCUUGGGGACGAGCAUCUACAGGAAGAAGUUAUACAGGAACCUAUCGCUGCCCCAAAAGACGUACAGAAACCUCGCCCAGCUAUCCGGAAACCGGGUCCGCGAACGCCACCUCCGGAGUUUUAUCUCAACGAUCAACCAAAUCCAUUCGACGACAAUGCGGCAUCGACUCCUUCUGUAGGCCACGAUCUUAAAGAGCGAUCAGGGCUUGCUGCUCAACGCCGCGCAGCGAGGCUGUCUAAGUCCGUGGGCACUUACUCUGCUCCGAUAUCGCGGCGCAACUCUAGAGAGAUCGCUUCUCCACCUGUCGAACUCCAGAACCUCUCAAAACGAUACGAGUCGGUGGGCGACACUUCCGACGAUGACGAAGACGACCCUAGGUUCAUGAAGCGUGCAUCCAUGCUCCUUCGUCAGCACACCAUCCGAGCUGCCAAUGGCCAAACUGGGUUGAGUGCCGAGGAUCUGUAUCACACUGACGCACCACUUCAGUCAGGCCAAGUAACACCGGACGCUAUGGAGGUUGAGGAUGAGCACGUCGUUCGUCCUACCAAGUACCGGACAGGAGUGUUGGGUACCCUUAUUAAGAUGUCAUCUAAUGCAGCACCGCCAUCGGCACGUCGACCCGCUCACCAUCGAACUCUCAGUACUGGCACGUUUAGCGGAGCGUCAACGGCAGCCAACUCCCCGAACCCAUCGCCGCCUGCCUCCGGGUACUCAACCCCACGCGGGAGCCGUCCUUGGUUCCGAAGCCACCACAACAACCAAUCGGCAACAUCCAUCUCGCAGCUAGUCGGAUCCUCAGCGCACAGCUUUGCUGCACCUGCGCAGCAGGAGCUGGGUCAGGAAUUUGAUCAACAAUACAAGAAAACAACCCGCCCUGGCAUGGGAAAACGUUCCAAAUCGGACGAGUCUAUACUCCCUUUCAAGAAGAACAAGAGGAAGGAGGAGGAGAUCAAGAUCAAGAUUCAUCUAGCCGGUACACUUGCACGUCAAAAUUAUCUCCGCAAGUUGUGUAAGGCACUAAUGAUGUAUGGAGCUCCGACUCAUCGACUGGAAGAGUACCUCAAUAUGUCGGCUCGUGUCUUGGAGAUCGAGGCACAGUUUUUGUACAUGCCUGGCUGCAUGAUUGUAGCAUUUGACGACUCCUCGGUUCACACCAGUGAAGUUAAGCUCGUUCGGACUAGCCAGGGCGUUGAUCUUGGCAAAUUACGAGAUGUGCACGAGAUCUAUAAGGACGUGGUACAUGAUAGGAUUGGCGUGGAUGAGGCUACACCUCGACUAGACGCUAUCAUGAUGCGCAAAGACAAGUUCAACAAGUGGCUUCGGGUACCGAUGUAUGGCUUAGCUUCCGCGACAGUCGGGCCUUUCGCGUUCCAAGCUCGAUUUAUCGACCUGCCCUUCUGCUUCCUCCUAGGAUGUAUCAUCGGGUGGCUUCAACUCGUCGUUGCACCUGGAAACGACCUUAUCAGCAACGUUUUCGAGAUAGGAGCAUCCGUUAUUACCAGCUUUGCCGCGCGUGCUCUCGGAUCCAUCCGACACGACGGGAAAGAGAUCUUCUGUUUCAGUGCUAUGGCUCAGUCCAGUAUUGCCCUCAUCCUGCCCGGUUUUAUGGUACUUUGUGCGUCGUUGGAGCUGCAGAGUAAACACAUUGUCGCUGGAUCUGUACGCAUGGUGUAUGCUAUCAUCUACUCUCUCUUCCUUGGAUUCGGUAUUACGAUCGGUACUGUGCUAUACGGCAUGAUGGACGGCAACGCGACCUCGCGGACGACAUGCCACGAGCCAAUGUCAACAAACUUCUACUACCUCUUCGUCCCAGCGUUCGCGAUCUGUCUACAGAUUGUUAAUCAGGCCAAGUACAAGCAGAUGCCUUCCAUGACUGUCAUCGCUUUCAUUGGCUGGGUUAUCAACUUCCACAGCUCAAAGUACUUCAAGAGCAACGCCCAGGUUAGCAACACACUUGGAGCGCUAGGCAUCGGUAUCGCCGCCAACGCUCAUGCGCGUUUUGGCCGUCAUAUCGAAAACUGGAGCUUGGACCUGUGGGAGAAUAAGAUGCGGCCCCAGUUGGUCAAGGUGCGAAAGUUGUAUCGCAGGAAGAGCCCUGAAUCCCUCCGUACGCACAAGGUCGAGCGAUCCGCUUAUGACCCAGCCCAUAACAGUAGUGGCCACACAUCGCGAGCUAGCUCAGUCAGCGAUUUCACACCACACACCAGAAAAAUCGGCUACGGUCUUGCCGCAGCCGCCAUGUUGCCAGCUAUCUUCGUGCAAGUCCCAUCUGGACUCAGUGUGCAAGGUUCGCUUGUGUCGGGCCUGACUUCAGCCGAUCAGAUCGUGCGUAACAGCACCGGCAACGCUACGACACUCAGCAGUGCCGAUGUAGGCAGCAGCACGAGCAUCAAUUCCAUCGCCCUGGGCGUUGGUUUCUCUGUUGUCCAGAUUGCGAUUGGUAUCACAGUAGGCCUGUUUUUGGCCGCACUCAUCGUGUACCCGUUGGGUAAGAGGAGGUCGGGAUUGUUCAGUUUCUAG